AUGAAUACAUUACAAGAAAGUUAUAAAAUCCUGGGGUUCUUCUGCUCUUGUCCUCUUCUUGUUCAGGUCAUUCUGAAAGCUACAAGAUCCUUGUUUUGGCAAAAACCUGUUACAACAGUUGUUGCAAUUCUUACAUCACUAGCAUUGUGAUUUCUCUUACAGAAAGAGAACAGCCAUGGUGAUCUACACAGUGACGGUGUACACAGGAAAGGGUCUUCUGGCGGGCACCACUAGCCGGAUCUCCAUCCAGCUGCGCGGCGCUGAGGCUGAGAGCGAGGAACAGAGUCUAAACCACAUUCAGGGGUUAUGGCAAGCAUCGGAGCGAGCAUUUAAGAUACACUGUAAAGCGUCUCUGGGAGAGCUCAUAGCGGUCAAGCUUUACUCCAAGCCGUUUAUGGGUCUACUUUACAACCAGUGGUUCUGCGAUAAGAUCUCGGUCAACACGCCCGAAGGAGACAAGGUCCUGUUUCCCUGUUACUGCUGGCUGGACUGCAACGAGAGGCUCGUCUUACGGCCUGCUAAAGCUUCACUUGUGUUCCAGGACACCAACCCGAUAUCCCAGAGGCAGAGGAUGAGGCAGCUGGAGGAGCAGCAGAAGCUAUUCAGGUGGUGUGUGUACGCGGAGGGUACGCCUCAGGUCAUCGACUGCGACAAUCCCCUCGCUCUGCCAGCUGAGGUCCGAUUCUCUUUCACUAAAGAGGCCGAGUUUUACUCCGGUGCAGGAAAGCAGUUAGCUGCUCUGAAGCUAACUGGAUUAGCUAACUGCAGAAAAUCGUGGGAAAGCAUCAGCCAACUGGAAGCAAUCAUUUGUGAAAACAGAGUGAAAACCAUUGAAUACAUUCAGAAGCACUGGGAUGAGGAUGAGUUCUUUGGCUACCAGUUUCUGAAUGGCCUCAAUCCCAUGAUGGUCCAGCGCUGCUCAAAUCUGCCUGAGAAUUUCCCCGUCACAGAAGACAUGGUCAAAAACAGCCUAAGAGGCAGCAGCUUGCAGCAGGAGAUGAAGAAAGGGAACAUCUUCUUGUCUGACUAUAAGAUGUUGGAUGGACUGGUGGGAAAUGUUGUCAGUGGCAGGCAGCAGUAUCUCACAGCUCCCCUGGUCCUGCUGUACUGCAACCCUCACAGCAUGAUGCUGCCCAUCGCCAUUCAGUUAAGGCAAAAGCCCAGCAAAGACAAUCCCAUCUUCCUCCCAACGGAUUCAAAGGCCGACUGGAAACUGGCCAAGAUCUUCGUCCGAAACGCAGAGUUUGGCGUUCACGAGGUUGACUUUCACCUGCUGAGAACUCACCUGCUGGCGGAGGUGUUCACCGUGGCCACGCUGCGCAAUCUUCCCUCUCCACACCCUCUCUACAAGGUACUGAAUCUGUCCCGCAUGAGUUGGUUUGACAUGUGAACAGUGAAUUCACAU